AUGUCCGUCGGCGGCCAGGUAGAGUCUGAUCGCUGUUUGAUUUAUCUGAUUUAUUUAUCAUGCUCUGAUAUUUUCUGUUAUCCAAAAGGAAGGUUGGAAAAAAUUCUGUUUUCAGUCCAAAAAAGGAAUUCUCACGAUUCUCAUCCGGGCACCAAACUAUGUAGAGAAUUGUCGGAAAGGCUCCUAAAAGAUGGAGAAUAGUCUUAAAGGUUCCUAAAAGGUGGAUAAGUGUUGGAAAAGUUCUUAAAAGUGGGAUAAGCGUCAAAGAGGUUCCUAAAAAAUAGAGAAGCGUCUGAAAGGCUCCCGAAAGCUGGAGAAGCGUCAAAGAGGUUCCUAAAAAGUGGAAGAGCGUCUGAAAGGCUCCUAAAAAGGAGAGAAGCGUCUGAAAGGUCUCCGAAAGGGGGAGAAGCGCCGGAAAAGUUCCUGAGAGGUGGAGAAGCAUCGGAAAGGUUCCGGAAAGGUGGAGAAGCGUCUGAAAGGUUUCUAAAAAGUGGAGAAGCUUCGGAAAGGUUCCUAAAGGCUGGAGAAGUGUCAAAAAGUGCCUUUGGUUCGAUGGUCCCAAUAUGGUCUAUGGGAAUUUUUUUUUGAUAAGGUAUAAAAAUUAGUUUUCGUUAAAUCGCAAACCGCUACUCCCUGACAUCAUUUCAUGACAUCAUUCGUAACACAAGAAAUAAGCGUAAUCGAAAUAUUUGGCUAUAUAUUCAUUUUAUUUACGUGAACAUGAUUCAGCAGAUUAUUAUUAUCUCAUUUCAUCACGUCGACUGGUCGGUCUCAUUGCCGCUCUCGCAUGGGAUAAUAUUCCGACGCCCGUCAGCCCUGGACAAGCUGGGCUCCGUACUGUUCCAUUAUGGUGAAGCAGUUCAUUCGCUGGUACUACCCGCGGUCCCACAUUGUUUCCCAACGCUAGCUGUCACUCCGGGACGUAUUGGACAACGAUUGUGGACCGUAACCCGCGCCGACGACUAA